AUGCAGCUGAGUGGAGCCCCCGUCCUGCUCGCCUUGUUCCUGAGCGUGGUGGACCUGGCCUCCCAGGCCGCGGACACCUGUCCGGAGGUGAAGCUGGUGGGCCUGGGGGGCUCUGACAAGCUGGCCGUUCUCCAAGGCUGCCCGGGAUUGCCAGGAGCGCCAGGGCCCAAGGGAGAGGCAGGCGCCCGUGGAGAGAGAGGAGAACGAGGUCCCCCUGGACCCCCGGGGAAGGCAGGACCGCCCGGCCCCAGAGGAGUCCCUGGGGAGAAGGGGCCGCGUGGAGAGCGAGGACAGUCCUGGGAACCCCCGCGAUGCAGCACAGGGCCCCGGAGCUGCCGGCAGCUGCUCAGCCAGGGGCAUGUCCUGAGCGGCUGGCACACCAUCUUCCUGCCCGACUGCCGGCCUCUGCCCGUGCUGUGCGACAUGGACACGGAAGGGGGCGGCUGGACCGUUUUCCAGCGCAGGGUGGACGGCUCCGUGGACUUCUACCGGGACUGGGCCGCCUACAAGCGGGGCUUUGGCAGUCAGCUGGGGGAGUUCUGGCUGGGGAAUGACUACAUCCACGCCCUGACCGCCCAGGGGACCAGUGAGCUGCGUGUGGACCUGGUGGACUUCGAGGGCAACCACUACACUGCCAAGUAUGGCUCAUUCAAGAUGGCGAGUGAGGCCGAGAAGUACAAGCUGGUCCUGGGGGCCUUUGUCGGGGGCAGUGCUGGCGACUCACUGACGUCCCACAACGACCAACCCUUCUCCACCAAAGACCAGGACAAUGACCAGAGCUCUUCCCACUGUGCCAAGCAGUACCAAGGGGCCUGGUGGUACAAGGAGUGCCACGUGUCCAACCUGAACGGCCGCUACCUCGGCGGCUCCCACGACAGCUUUGCCAACGGCAUCAACUGGCGCUCGGGGAAGGGCUACAACUACAGCUACAGGGUGUCGGAGAUGAAGGUGCGGCCCGCCUAG